GACGUGAGCCACACCGUGCUGUGGGAAUAAGAUGGCGGGGAAGAAGAAUGUUUUGUCGUCUCUUGCAAUUUAUGCGGAAUAUUCAGACCCUGAGUCUGAUGGCGAAACUGGAGUCGACGCUGUAGGCGGUGCGGCUGAGGAAAAAGGUGGUUUGGUAUCUGAUGCCUAUGGAGAAGAUGACUUCUCUCGCCCAGGGGGUGAUGAGGAUGGUUACGAAGAAGAGGAGGAUGAGAACAGUAAGCAGUCGGAAGAUGACGAUUCAGAGACUGAAAAACCUGAGGCUGAUGACCCAAAGGAUAAUACAGAAGCAGAGAAGCGGGAUCCCCAGGAACUAGUGGCCUCCUUUUCUGAAAGGGUCCGCAACAUGUCACCCGAUGAAAUCAAGAUCCCACCAGAACCGCCCGGCCGGUGUUCAAAUCACUUACAAGAUAAGAUCCAGAAGCUCUACGAGCGGAAGAUAAAGGAGGGGAUGGAUAUGAACUACAUCAUCCAAAGGAAGAAGGAGUUCCGGAACCCCAGCAUCUAUGAGAAACUGAUCCAGUUCUGUGCCAUUGAUGAGCUGGGCACCAACUACCCAAAGGAUAUGUUUGAUCCCCACGGCUGGUCUGAAGACUCCUACUAUGAGGCAUUAGCCAAGGCCCAGAAGAUUGAAAUGGACAAACUGGAAAAGGCCAAAAAGGAACGAACCAAAAUUGAGUUUGUAACGGGAACCAAGAAAGGAACCACAACCAAUGCCACGGCCACCACCACCAGCACUGCCAGCACAGCUGUCGCAGAUGCCCAGAAGAGGAAAAGCAAAUGGGACUCUGCCAUCCCCGUGACGACAAUAGCACAGCCCACCAUCCUCACCACCACAGCCACCCUGCCAGCAGUGGUCACUGUCACCACUAGUGCUAGUGGCUCCAAGACCACCGUUAUCUCUGCUGUGGGCACCAUCGUGAAGAAGGCCAAGCAAUGACCAGAGGACACCCAGGACUUGGCAGGACUGUGCAGCCCAGUAGCUUCCACCCACUGGGAGGUGCCACUCUGUGUGUAUAGGACUGAGAUGCACUCCCCACAUGCCUUCUAAGAGGAGCCUCUGACAUUCCAGCCGGAAGGACAUUACAGCAGAGGCAAUGGUGUGCAUUGGACAGGAUCUGUCCGUACACCUCUUGGGUCUCACCCAAUUAAAAGUACUGUUUCUUGGGUCCUGGCAUGUCAGGUGCACUGCUCUCCCAUGCUGUGUUCAGACAAACCUGGAGCUCAAGUGCCCGCCCUCUGGAACAGUCAGGAUGCAGUGCUCAGAGGGGCAGCCCAGGGAGCUACCAUGGUCAUCCCAGUGUGUGCCCAGGACGUGGGCAGGUGGGAGCUCAAGGAGGGGCCACACACAUAUCCUUUCCUGUUGUCUAUUUUCCUAUUUUCCUGAUCCUGAAACCAGGUCUCACAAUUCUCAGGCAAUAACAGAGGCCGCUGCUCUCUUGGGUGCAGUUAAACACUCCCCACACUGCUUCUGAUACACACCCAGGCUUUUGAAAUCAGGCCAAUUAGCAGAGGGCUGGGAUGUGAUUCCCAACCUGCCCAGGGCAGGAGCAAAGUGUGGGCACCUGGCCAAGGCCGCCCCAGCCCCUCGGUGCCCAGUGAGUGUGGCCAGCAGGAUCCACGCAGUGGGGGAGAUGAAUCACCUCCGCUCUCCAGGGCGGCAGCUCAUUGUUUAUGUGAAGGCUGAGCUCUUGGGAAGGUCUCUGCCACCCCACCCUUCCUAUGUCGUUAUCUCUACCCGGCAGCAGCCCUGGGUAGCACCAGUGGCCACUCUUGGGGCCCAAACAGAUUCACCAGCCCAAGCUGGAGGGAAAGCUUGUCUUUCGUGCCCUCUGGCAGCUCUCCUCCACACUCAGCGGAAGGGCUGAGUGUCAAAGGAGGAAGUGGGGCUGUGAAGGCUUCCAUGGGACCCACAGAGACACAGCCUCUGAAGUUGUGUUUGGUAUUUGUGUGAUCUGGGGACUGACAAGCUGCCCAUGAAAACCCAGUCACUAUUGUCCCUUACUGUCCCUGACUACACCUUGUGUCCUGAGCACCUUUGGAAAGGUCUACCUUGCAGGGGGCUCAGGACACCCAGGUCUGAGUAGGCAGCUCAGGAGAUGCACUGAGGGCACCAGCACCUCGGCUCUGGAGUCCAGUCUGCAGCAGGCCUGAACCAGUCCCAAGGAGCCUCAGUAACACUUCCUAAGGGCAUCCUGAGGGGUCCGAGAUGGUGAAGCAUGAGUUUCCAAAGCCAAAGCAAGGUCGGCCAUAUCCCCAUCAAGAGCCAGUUAGAUAGGGUCUCCUGUAGCCAAGGCUUUGAAAGUCUGAUCCUCCUGCCUCUGCUCCCCAAGGGCUGGGAUUACGGACAUGAAUCUUCACACUUGGUUUAUAUGGUGUGAGGGAUUGAAUCCAGGACUUCCUGCAUGCUAGGCUAACACCAAGUGAGCUACAUUCCCAUCUCCUACCAGGGGUCUGUGCGGAUGGGAUGCUGAGGACCCGGCUGUUUGCCGGGUGUCUCUAGACUCGCUGCUGCCAGUUCAGUCUUCUUUCUGUAGUUCAGGAUCCAGGCUGAGGGAUUGCAGCCACCCACGUUUAGUGUGUGUCCUCCAGUUAACCUAGUCAGUGCAGUCCUUCACGGGCACGCUCACAAGCUGGAUAAUCCCCACGGGUGUGCCUGGAGGCUUGUCUAAGUGAUUCCAGACAUUGAGUGGGUGCCAACCAUCACAGUGGUGGGGUGUUCAGCACCUCAAGUUGUGGUCACCUGACUCGGUUUGACACACCUUGCACCAGGUUCACUCUGUGACUAGAUUCCUGGCCUACCACCGUUGCCAGUGGUCCUGUGCUGUAGGCCAAGUGUGCAGGCCGCGCUGCUGUUUUGUGACUUACACUUUUAUAUGUUAGGGUUGCCAUCAAACCCGGCCUUCCUGUUCUACCACUGAGCUAAUCAAGUUCCAGGCCCUUCUGAAGAGGAGAGGUGUUGCCCUGUGUACCCCAGACUAGCCUCAAAUGAGUCUCUUGCCCCUGCCUACUAAGUGCUAGAAUUAUAGGUGUACCUCUAUAACCGGUUUGGUUUUGGGGGGACAGGUAAGGAUCGAGACAGAAUUUCUCUAUGUAACAUACCUGGCUGUCCUGGAACAACCUGUGUACAACAGGUUGGCCUUUGAGCUAACAAGAGAUCCUCCUGCGUCUGCCCCCUAAGUGCUGUGAUUAAAGGUGUGCCCCACCA